ACUAUUCAUCAAAAACCAUGUAUUACCAACCAACCUUGCCCGAUGGAAAACCAAUUACUUUGCCGUGGCAAUUACGUUCGUUUUUCUCAAACGUCUUAUGGCCACUUCAAGACAAUCCAACUCCAAAGAUGAAAAGAAUUGACAACAUUUUUGUUGGCUUUACUUUCUUCAGUUUCUUAUUGGCAGUUGAAGCAGCCACUGUAUUUUUCAUUAACAACUUAAGUGACAUAUUUCUAAGCACUGAGGCUUUUUCAAAUUUAGUCACCUACAAUGACGUCAUUCUACGACUUUUCAACAUGGCCUGGCAAAAAAAUGCACUCAAAAAGUUACUUAAGAAGUUUUAUGCAGAGAUUUACGUAGAUGAAAAAGAAAAUUCUGAAAUUCAUAAAAAAGUUCAAAAAACCAUUGGACCCAUUAAUAUCUACGCCUGGGUCUACAUAACUUCAUUUCUGACAUUCGUCAUAGGACCAAUUAUUGCAGCUUUUCUCUACAAUACUCGACUGCUGCCACAUAAGCUGGAAUUUCACUUUAGUCUUGAAAAUCCUUUUGUCUAUGCAUGGAUAAUGGCCCAGCUUACUUACAAUGGAUUGUGUGCAUCGUUGUUCGUAGGGGGUGAGAUUUGCUUGUUGGGAAAUUUCGUGGGAUAUUUGUGUGCUCGAUUCGAAAUAAUGCAGGAAGAACUGGAAGAAAUUGAUGAUUUUUUGAUAUCAGUUAACGAUUCUUCGAAGUUGGCUGGAAGAUUUCUGAAAGUCGUAGACAAAUGCAUCUCAAGAACUAACAAGUUAAUUGAAUUUGCUGAAGAAAUACAAAAAGUGUUUUCAUUUCAGUUUUUUGUCAUGACCGCUCAUAGUACUCUGAUGUUGUGUGUUGUGAUAUUUCAAACUUCAAUUUUGGAUUUUGGUUCGGCGAAAUUUAUCUCAUAUGUGCUUUGGAUGGUAGCUAAGGUUUUUGAGUUGAUAAUAUUGGGUGGACUUGGUUCUCGUCUUAUUACUACGACAAACAACAUCAGUUCAAUGUUUUACCAUUGCAAUUGGGAACAAAUUGUGUUUCGUUCGACUAAUCGAAAAGAUAAUAUAAUUCUUAUGAAGAAAAUCAAUGCAGCAAUUUUAAUUUACCACAAUCAAAUUAAGUUAAAUGGGUUUGGAUUUUUUAGCAUUUCGUUGGAGCAAGCUGCAUCAUUGAUUCAAGGAGCAGGUUCUUAUUUUACAGUUUUACAGACUUUUUCAUAAAUUUCUGGCUACCCCGAAAAACUUUGCUUUGCCAUACAAGUUAUUCCUUAUAAAUAUUAUUGUUGUUAGUUAGGAUUAAAAUGUGAGUAGAUUUGAUCUAUGACAGAAAAAAGGAACAGAUUUCUAUAGAAAAUGGUUGCAGAAAAAAAAGCAACUAUUUAUGUUCGUUAUAAAUACAACAAAUUUAUAUAAUAAUUUAACAAAUUCAUUAUUAGAGUUUUUAUUCUUAUGAAAAUGAAAUAAAGGAAGUAAUUAAUUUUAAAAGUCA